CUGGGUGUUAUACGCAACUAAUGAAUCAUUGAACAUUGCAUGAAAAACUAAUGAUGUAUUAUAUGUUGGCUAAUAGAAUUUAGAAAUAAAAAAAGGAAAACAAAAAGACUUAUGCUGUAUAUGUUUGGAAAUGCGGGUCAGGACCUGAGCCUAAUUUGGAACGUAAUAAGGAAACAUAGGAUACUUACGACAGCCAUUGUAAAAAUGGUAUUCAAAGAAUGUGUAGGAAAUCAGUCCUGAGUUUUGUUGAUGAAACACAAUGAAUUUCUAAAUUAUAAUCAAGCCACUUUUGGUCAAUUCAGGUAUGAUCUCCAUCCCUUUGUACAUCCCUCACACGCUGUUUGAUUGGGACUUUGGAAAUGGACUCUGUGCAUUUUGGCUCAUUGUUGACUAUCUUUUGUGUACAGCAUCUGUGUAUAACAUUGUUCUCAUCAGCUAUGAUCGGUACCAGUCAGUCUCAAAUGCUGUAUCUUACAGAGCUCGACACACUGGGAUCUUGAAGAUCGUGGCUCUGAUGAUGGCUGUCUGGGUACUGGCCUUCUUAGUGCAUGGGCCAAUAAUUCUAAUUUCAGAGUCUUGGAAGAAUUCCAGUUGGAGAGUCUUGGAGGAGAAGGCUUGUGAACCUGGAUUUUUUACCAUAUGGUACAUCCUCGCCAUCUCGUCUUUCUUUGAAUUCCUGGUCCCAGUCUUUGCAGUGGCCUAUUUCAACAUGUACAUUUACUGGAGCCUGUGGAAGCGUGGCAAUCUCAGCCGGUGGCAAAGCCAGCCCACACUCCCUUCUCCUGUCUCUCCCAGUAACUGGGGAUCCUCACUCAGGGGUGGACUGUUUUCAAGAACAUCUCUUCCUGAACUGAAGGAAACAGCACCAUCUACGAAAAGACAUGAAAGAAAGAACAGUCUCUUGUUCUCUUUAAGAGCCCAGAUGAAUGGCAGUAUAAUUGCUUCCAAAAUGGCUUCCCUCGCCCAUUCUGAUUCCCUGUGUCUUCACCAAAGAGAACAUAUUGAACUAUUCAGAGCCAGGAAAUUAGCCAAGUCACUGGCCAUUCUCUUAGGUGUUUUUGCCUUUUGCUGGGCUCCCUAUUCUCUGUUCACGAUCAUUCGUUCAAUUUACCCACUAGACCAGCGUCCUCAAAUAGUUGGGUAUGAAAUCACGUUUUGGCUUCAAUGGCUCAAUUCCUUUGUCAAUCCUUUCCUGUAUCCGUUGUGUCACAGGCAUUUCCAGAAGGCUUUCUCGAAAAUACUUCGUAUGAGAAAGCAAUCCAUAUCAUCACAAAAUCAGUCAAUGUCCUCUUAAAGAUAACUUUAUCCUUUGUAAAAAUUUUAGUCUUAAUCUCACCUACAGGAAUUUGAUCUGACUUUCAGUUUGCCCUUUCCACUCUGCCAGGAAAGUCCAUAAAAUUGUAACACUUGAAAACUUAAAAAAAAAAAAAAAUUGAAGCCUGGAAGUCAAGGGAAAAUUAUCCUGGUGAAUAAUAAUAGUACAAUUAGAAAUAGAUGACAAUGUUUUUGUAAACUCAUAGCCAAAAAUGCACUGUACUUUUCUUACUCAUUGCCGCUUCCUUGUCUUUUAGAUCUUGAUAUCGCAUUGAUGGUGAAAGUUAAGAGUUCUUGUUUUCUUUCCAAGUUCGGUGUUUGCUAUAGCCUUAAGUGAAUUUCCCUUUUUAUUUUAUAGUGAUGAAAAAUUGUAAAGUUUUAAGGCCAUUUUCCCUAAAGUGUACAAUGGAAAAGGGGGCUAUAUUGCCCUCUUUGCUGGAGGUGGGCGUUAUGAUCAGUGGGCAGGUGUGUUGAGGUUUGAGUUGUCAGAAGCAGGGAGUGGGUGUGCCCAGAUAGAAAAGUGGAAGGCAUGUGUACUUCCGGACUCUAUGUUCCUGAUCCCAGGAAAGGAGGAAGUGUGGGGAAGGAAGAGCAGGUAACUGCAGCUCUCAGAAUCCUCCAGGGCCGUUAUCUGGGAGGCUCGGCAAUCACAGGAUGAGCGAGUAAGGGACGGACGAGAUCAUCCUCUGGUUGAAAGGAUGGCUUUCCUUUUUUCCUUCCCGCCCUCUUCUUCCAACUUCCGCAUUGGCUAAGACUGCUGUGAGAAAAUAUGGAAGAAAAGAGAAAGGCUAAGAGAUAACAAAAGGACUAUGUGAUUCAACUUGAUGUACCUGGCAUAACAUUCACAGAACUAGUGGAUGUCAAUAAUUAUUAAUAAAGUAUACUUCUGUAUUUAUUUGAUGUCUUUAACUUGUAUGCAGCGCUCAGAGCGAUGCCUUUGUAUGCAGUUAAUGUAGGUUAUACCUUGCUGAUGAGUCACAUUUUCUUAGUCUGGUGACAUUUUUUUCUUUUUGCCAUUAUGAAUUUUUCUUCUUCCUCCCCCUCCCCCGCCUCCUUCCCCUUGUGUUCUUUGCGUGUCUUUGUCAUAACAGUUCAUUUUGAUUUUGGUUCAUUUCCUCUCUCCUACAAGUUUUUAUUAGCGUUUGUUUUAUAACUUCUCAGAGUUCCUAUACAGUUUAGUCAUUUUCAUAUUUCUUAGACCUUUCAAAUCUUGGUUAAAUUCAAACACUAAAAUACGAAAAUCCUUUAAGUACAUAAAUGAUUAGAUAUGCCCAUAAUUUUUAUGCAUACUUAUGCCUUGCAUUAAGUCCCAAAUAGGAGAUACACGAUUAACAUUCAAUAGUAAUCUUGAAAAUUCGAGAAAUAAACCCUCAUAAAUAUGCAAGUUUUUAUAAAGUUACUUGUCAGCUAUUGUUUUUGACAUUUAUAAAUUAGCAGUUGUGGAUUUCAUGUGAUCACUGGAGGCUCGAAUAUUCAUUGAAUGGUGUGGCUCCAUGAAAACUUUUUCUGAUUGAACCCUAGCGGAAACAUGCCUAAAUAUUCAUAUGUAUUUUCUAAAAUAUAGAAAAUAUAAUAUAUAUUGUAUUUCAUUCAAAGAUGUCAUCAGUGUAAAACAUACUGUUACUUUAUUUAUCACUAUAAAAGAAAAUGCUGCAAAUUGUCUAUGAAACAAUACUUUAAAAAUCACAUUGCUAGGAAGUCUCAUUCUGAUUUCAGAGUUGUUGAAAGGUGAGCAAUAUGUGUCUCGGAAGUGAUAAAGUAUGAUACAUUUAUGAUGAAUGAACAGAAUAAGGCUAAUCCUCUGUGAAAUGAGUUUGA